AUGGCGAAGCGUUUGAUUCCAGCCUUCAAUCGCAUUUUGGUCGAGAAGACUGUCCCUCCUUCCAAGACUACCGCUGGCAUCCUCCUUCCGGAGAAAACCUCCAAGGUAAACCACCAACCUUCGAUCGCUCCACUCCCUGUUCUUUUCUUCUCUUUCAAUUUGUGGAGUAGUAGUGCUGCCGACCCCUUUGCUUGCCCCUUAAUUUCAACUUCAGCAGUUAUAGUUCCUUCACGAUCUCUGUUUAUCCUCCUCGCUACAUCCAGCUCGUUUUACGUCCGGAUCAGUUUCACCGCUGGCCGCUAUUGUCUGUCUGAUCGGAUUAGGGCAGUGGGUUCAUCGUAA